CACGCCUGACAUGUUCAUUGAAAUUGAUUUGGAACGGUAUGUUAAACGACAGUAGCUAACAAGUCCCCUGUCAGGUCGUACUUGUCCUCGGGACUCGGUUGAUUUUGUAAUAACUCCGCCCAUCUCUCCGGUUCACCAUUACAAAACCAGGAAACACCACAUCACCUACUACAGUUGUGACUUGUGCUCUGGAGAAGCCGACGUGACAGCAGCAACUAUGGGGAUCAAAAUUAGAGUCGAAUACUGUGGAAACUGAGGGUACGAGCCCCGCUAUCUGGAGCUUGCCCGUGUUGUCAAGGGCGAGUUUCCUGAUGCGGAUGUUUCAGGCUUCGUGGGAAGAAGAGCCAGCUUUGAGAUUGAAAUCAAUGGGCAGCUUGUCUUCUCCAAGCUUGAAUGUGGUGGCUUCCCUUACGAGGAUGACGUCAUAGGUGUAAUUCAAGACGCUAACGAUGGAAAGGCUUUGAAGAAGAUCACCAAAAGCCAAGCACCAUGUGUCAUCAUGUAAGUCUCCUGAGUGCUGCUUCAACAGCAUGGAGAAGAGCUAGUGCAGCCGUAAACUGCUACCGUCACCUGCGGCUUGUGCACAGUUUUUAUACGAGCAGGAAACGUGUUUCGUACCAACGGCACGAUUUAUAAGCUGCCAACUCUAUGUUUUUCGCUCGUCUUACUAACUUCUCAGUUCCUAUAGCAGUGCCCCAGGCUGUUAAUGAUUACUGUGGCCUAAAAUCACAUGGGCCAUGGUUUGAUGAACUCUUCCUGGGUGUACAUAAAUAUAGGAACAGAGAUGUUAGAGGAGAUGGAAUCAGAGUAACCUUUCUUGUCUUUACUGUCUUAUAUUUUUAGUCAUGAUGAGCUGCCUAAUUGUUAUGUUAAAUGCAGGGCUUUGUUGAUCUUACAUGCAAAUAACAGAAAUCAGUGAAUGCAAGUACCAAUGCAAACCCCAGUGAAUUUAAUGACUUUUCUUCUGUUGAAGCAUCAUGCUGUCAUUUACAUCAAUAAUAGUAUCACACUUCAGAUUUAUUGCAACAUUAAGUCUGUUAUGUUUCUUUCUAACAUGUAGGAAUAUUGAUUGUGUCUGUUGGGCAGAUUUUGCUUGGAUCAAUACCUCAGUACUAAUUUAGUGGUAAUUUUAUCUUUUGUAUUGUGAGCUGCUUAAACAAACAUGUCAGCAUGAGGAUAGGCAGUAAAUGUGAACUUGAAUAAAUGGAUAACAUAAUUGUA